GAUAACAGCUACAAUUUGCGCAGCUGAUUGCCGAUAAGUUCGUCAGCAAGCAGCUGCUUGUGUAUAAAAAAUAGACACAAUGGACCAGCCCGAUGAUCAUUUUCGCUAUAUACACAGUUCCUCGCUGCACGAACGUGUCCAAAUCAAAGUCGGCACCCUUGAGGGCAAGAAACGCCAGCCAGAUUAUGAGAAACUGCUCGAUGAUCCCAUACUCCGCUUCUCGGGCCUCUAUUCCGAGGAGUACCCCUCGUUCCAAGUGCGUCUGCAGGUUUACAACGAUGGACGCCCCUAUUGCUUGCCCGUGCACAAUUCGUACAAGUCCUUCGGCAAACGCUGGAGCUGGAACGAGUGGGUGACGUUGCCAUUGCUAUUCUCGGAUUUACCACGCAGCGCCAUGCUGGUGCUGACCAUACUCGACUGCUCAGGAGCUGGCCAAACUACUGUCAUUGGCGGCACGGCAAUCUCCAUGUUUGGCAAGGACGGCAUGUUCCGCCAGGGCAUGUACGAUUUGCGUGUCUGGUUAGGCGUAGAGGGCGAUGGCAGCUUUCCUAGCAAAACCCCUGGCAAGGGCAAGGAAUCCUCCAAAUCGCAGAUGCAGCGACUUGGCAAGCUGGCCAAAAAGCAUCGCAACGGUCAGGUGCAGAAGGUCGAUUGGCUGGAUCGUUUGACAUUCCGUGAAAUCGAGGUGAUUAACGAGCGCGAGAAACGCAUGUCCGACUAUAUGUUUCUCAUGAUUGAGUUCCCCACCAUCAUCGUGGACGACAUGUACAACUAUUCAGUUGUCUAUUUUGAACCAGAAGUGGAUAACAAGUAUAAAUUGCCAGCCAAACCCAAGCUGGUUCUUGUCCCGGACUCGGAAAUUCAAAUGGAGAAUCUGGUGGAGCGCAAACAUCAUCGUUUGGCACGUUCGGAGCGCUCUGGCAUUUCGGAUCGGGAAGCCAAACCGACAACUAUUAUUCGGGAUCAAUUGCACAAAAUAGUGUGCUAUCCGCCGACUUAUGUGCUGAGCAACGAGGAGCAGGACUUAGUUUGGAAGUUCCGUUUCUAUUUGUCAUCGCAUAAAAAGGCGCUCACAAAGUUUCUAAAAUGCAUCAAUUGGAAACUGAACGAGGAGGUAAACCAAGCGCUGUGGAUGCUCGCCAAUUGGGCACCCAUGGAUGUGGAGGAUGCACUGGAGCUGCUCAGUCCAACAUUCACACACCCGGAGGUGCGUAAAUAUGCUAUAAGUCGUCUGGCACAGGCACCCGACGAGGAUCUCCUGCUGUACUUGCUGCAACUCGUGCAGGCUCUCAAAUAUGAGGAUCUCCGCAUCAUAAUACAGCUGCACAAGUUCAACAUACCCGAGCCGGAACGCGACGUGGUGCGCUCGCUGCUGGACGAGAACGACUCUCUGCUAGACCAGAGCAGCAUAUCCGAUUUGAGCACUGCGAGCAGCGCCCUGCAUGCCUCGGUUAUACCCGCCAAUCAGCGUGCUGCACUGGCCGCCGUUAAGGUUGAGAAAUCUACCAUGGCGAGCAGUGCGAGUGCGCCGGCCAUCAGGGCCAGCACUCCAGCACUUAGGAUGGAACGCGCUGAUGCUGCCGAUACAAGCGGCGCCUCGCUGCCCACCCAGUCCAACUCGCAUACACCGGUGCUGGGCCAGACUGGGGCUCCCAAUCUGUGCCAAUUCCUAAUACAGCGCGCUUGUAAGAACGCCACGCUGGCCAACUAUUUGUACUGGUACUUAUCCAUCGAGGUGGAGGAUGUGGCUUCGGUGCAUAAACAGGAUCAGCGGACGCACGACAUGUAUGCCAUGGUCCUCAAUAUAUUCCUCAAGGAGCUUUACGACGGUGAUUUUCAUUUGCGCGGCAUUUCCUACAAUCUGCGCAAGCAGCAGUGCUUCAUUGACGAGCUGGUCAAGUUGGUUAAGCUAGUGGCCAAGGAGCCGGGCAAUCGCAACAAGAAAACGGAAAAGUUCCAAAAGCUGCUGGCCGAGCAGACCAUGUUCAAGGUGAACUUUACCAACUUUGAGCCCAUACCAUUCCCCCUGGAUCCGGAGAUCUAUAUAACCAAAAUAAUACCACAGCGCACGUCGCUCUUCAAGAGCGCCCUCAUGCCAGCCAAGCUCACUUUUGUCACAUCCAUUGCAAAGCACGAGUAUGUGGCCAUUUUCAAGCAUGGCGAUGACCUGCGACAGGAUCAGCUCAUACUCCAAAUGAUUACGCUAAUGGACAAACUGCUGCGACGGGAGAAUCUUGAUCUCAAACUGACACCGUACAAGGUGUUAGCGACCAGCUCCAAGCACGGGUUCCUUCAAUACAUCGACUCUUGCACCGUGGCGGAGGUGCUGGCUCGGGAGGGCAAUAUACUUAACUUUUUCAAGCGGCAUAAUCCCUGCGAGAACGGCCCCUACGGCAUAUCCGCCGAAGUGAUGGACACCUACAUCAAAAGCUGUGCGGGCUACUGUGUGAUCACAUAUCUACUAGGAGUGGGUGAUCGGCAUUUGGACAAUCUACUGUUGACGAGCACUGGCAAGCUGUUCCAUAUUGAUUUCGGGUACAUACUAGGACGCGAUCCGAAGCCUAUGCCCCCACCCAUGAAGCUGAGCAAGGAAAUGGUUGAGGCAAUGGGCGGUGUCAGCUCGGACCAUUAUCACGAAUUCCGUAAACAGUGCUAUACGGCGUAUUUGCAUUUACGUCGGCAUGCCAAUGUCAUGCUGAAUCUGUUCUCGCUGAUGGUGGAUGCCACAGUGCCCGAUAUCGCUCUGGAGCCGGACAAGGCCGUCAAGAAGGUUGAGGAGAAUCUACAACUGGGCCUGUCCGACGAGGAGGCGGUUCAGCAUUUGCAGAGCCUGCUGGACAUAUCCAUAACAGCUGUGAUGCCGGCGCUGGUCGAGCAGAUACAUCGUAUCACGCAAUACUGGCGCAAGUAAAUGCCAGUAAAUGCUGCUCUUAUGUAAUUUAACUUUUUAGGUAAGUGUAUUUUAAUCUAAACGCAGUAGGUAAAGCACAUACCUACAUUCAGGUGUAUUAUAUAUAUAAAUAUAUUAUUGUGACGUGUGUAUAUAUUAAGCAGCCUCUUUGUUACUGGUAUGCACAAUGCACAAGCGCUCCAAGAAACCCGUGUGGGUGCUUUUCAAGAUUUUGGAGCUCUUGAUAAGCUCCAUUUCUGGCUAUGUGCAUUUCAAAGGUUUUAAAGAGCAAGAAAUUCCGCACAUCUUUUUACCGUGCGCCACAUUUGGAAGCGGGGUCAUCAUUGGCAUUCUCAGCUUGGUCGGAACUUUUUUCGCUGACCGGCUUACCAUGCGGGUUGAGGCCCUAACCAGCGGAAUGUUAGGCACGUUGUAUCUAGCUUCCGUCUAUGCGCACAUGUAUCUGGUGCAGCAUGAUAAGCUGCUGCCGUUUCUCAAAGAUCUCGAGGAGGAAAAGGACGGCUACAUAAUCUGCUGCAAUAGAAAUGCCAUUUUGAGCUUGUAUGCUGUUGCCAUCUAUUAUCUGCAUUGCACCUUUGCGCUGGAUAUUCUCCUUUGCCCUGAAAGUGAUCAUUUUUCUGACGAUGUGAAGCGCAGCAAACGUCGACUUAAAUUAUACUUUAUAAGCAAGGACGUUGAGCAUUACGUUAGCCGUUUUCGUUGGUAUCAACUGCUCUCCGCCAGCGUUCUGACCAAGAACGCAGAAAGGAAGCCAUCAUAUUUGGAAAAUGUUAUUCGUAGCAAGUCCAGCGUUUGAAACGUUUCGAUAUUUGCGCCAUCGAUAAAAAUUCAGAUCAGCUGUUUGCCAUAACAGCCCUGUCCAAUUGCGCGCCCAAAUUUACAGCUGUUUUGAAACCUUUGGCUAUGCGCUGUUAUUGUAUUCUAUUUUGUUUAGAGUUUUUGGUGUGCGCAAAAUAUUUAGCGUUUUGGAAAAAUUACAGUGUGUCGUGA